GCAGAGUGUGGGAAAAACUUCUCUCAACGAUCAGACCUUAUUAGGCAUCAGAGAAUCCACACAGGGGACAAGCCCUAUGAAUGCUGUGAGUGUGGAAAAUUCUUCACUCAAAGAUCAACCCUUACUCAACAUGAGAGAAUCCACACAGGGGAGAGGCCCUAUGAAUGCAGUGAGUGCAGGAAAACCUUCAGGUGCCGCCCACACCUUAUUAGUCAUCAGAGAAUCCACACAGAGGAGGGGUCCUAUGAAUGUAGCGAGUGCGGGAAAACCUUCCGUUGCAGCUCACAUCUUAUUGGGCAUCAGAGAAUCCACACAGGGGAGAGAUCCUAUGAAUGCAGUGAGUGCGGGAAAACCUUCAAUCACAGCUCAAACCUUAUUCGGCAUCACAGAAUCCACACAGGGGAGAAGCCCUAUGAAUGCAGUGAGUGCGGGAAAACCUUCAGUCGCAGCUUGCACCUUAUUGGGCAUCACAGAAUCCACACGGGGGAGAGGCCUUAUAAAUGCAGUGAGUGCGGGAAAACCUUCACUCAAAGAUCAGGCCUUUUUCACCAUCAGAAAAUCCACACAGGGGACAGGCCCUAUGAAUGCAGUGAGUGUGGGAAGACCUUCAGUCGCAGCUCACACCUUGUUAGGCAUCAGAGAAUCCACGCAGGGAAGAGGCCCUAUGAAAGCAGUGAGUGUGGGAAAAACUUCUCUUAG